CAAGUUGCCGCUCUGGGGUUAGGAAGGUCAAUUGCCUCAGCGGUGGUGAGGUAAGUAUAUAAGCCUGCAGUGUGAUUUUUGGUGUGUUGAUUUUCUUUUGUCAGCAAGGCCCCGUUCGAUCGAGGACUGUCAGGCGUUACAGCUGCUUCACAGCUAAUAAACCACGCAAUCUGCGUUUGCAUAUCAUCAUGUUCACGGUUUCAACACUCAGAGAUAUUGAUAUAUUGUAAAGUGCUAUCGUCCGGUCAGGCAAUGAGGGCGUACACCCUACUCCUGGUGCUAGCGGUCUUAGCCGUGUCCUACAGCAGUGCAAUCCCCAAGCCUGAUGGAGACAAGAAGGACAGAACGAAAGAAAAGACGCUGAGUGAACAGGAUCAUGAAGAUCAUGGUGAACACAAUAACAAUUAUGACCAUGAUGCCUUCCUGGGCAAGGAUGAUGCCAAGACCUUCGACCAGCUCAGCCCCGAGGAGAGUCAGGAUAGACUUGGGUUGAUCGUGGACAAGAUUGACAAGGAUGGAAACGGUUUUGUCACAGAAGAGGAGUUAAAGGAAUGGAUCCAGUACGUCCAGAAACGGUACAUCAUCACGGAUACGGAUCGGAUGUGGAAGGACCACGAGCCAGAUGCUGAUGACAAGCUUCUGUGGACGUCCUACAAGAAGAGGACAUAUGGCUACCCUGAUGAACCAGAAGAAGGCUCCCCCACUUAUGAGUACCGCGACAUGAUUCAGCGAGACAAGAGGCGGUGGGAGAAAGCAGACAAAGAUAGGGACAGCAAACUUUCUAAAGAGGAAUUCAUGGACUUUCUUCAUCCUGAAGAUGCUGAACACAUGAGGGAGAUUGUUGUCCACGAAACUCUGGAAGAUAUUGACAAAGAUAAAGAUGGAUUUAUCAGUAUUGAAGAAUAUAUUGCGGACAUUUGGGACGAUGAGGAUGACGAUGAUGAUGAGGAAGAUGACCACCAUGACGGUGAACCCGAUUGGGUGGCAUCUGAGCGCGAGCAGUUCGCCAGUUACCGAGACAAAAACAAGGACGGUAAAUUAGACCAGGCUGAGAUUAAGGAAUGGAUUAUCCCUGAGGAUUAUGACCACAGUUCGGCUGAGGCUACUCACUUAAUGGAGUCCUCGGACACGGAUAAGGAUGGCAAACUCACAAAAGAAGAAAUUCUCGACAAGUAUGAUCUGUUUGUUGGCAGUCAAGCCACUGACUUUGGGGAAGCUCUUACUCGCCAUGAUGAGUUUUAAACACAGAUCAAUUAGGUGUUUCAAUUUGGAAAAAAUCCCUCCAGUUACACAGAAUUCACAGGAUUGUGUUACAAAGCCAAGGUUUACAAUACAGGGAAGGGGGAUAACUGCUGUUGAAGUCAAGCAUUGUGAUAAAAUAUGAGAACAUUUCCAGCACUCCGUGAACAUUACGAACAUGAAUAUAAAGAAUUAUCUAUGAUUUUGUUUGUUAAAACAGGUUUUCAAAAUACCAGACUUUGUCAUGAAACAUUUUGCUUUACAAUCGGAAAGUUCGAAUCAAGUACACAGCUGCUCAGGGAUUGUGACCUUUGACUUCCUGCUUUGUCCAAUAUGAUUUCAAGAUAGCAUCAUGUGACCAGGUCUGACCAAUUGGAUGAGUGGUAGCUGUUGCUUUGAAAAGGAACUUGUGUAUUUAUGGAAUGUACAUGUGAGGGUAUGUUUUUAGCAAUAUUGUGCGCAAUCUCUGAAAUGUUUAAAUAAGAAGUCAAAUUUAAACAUUGAAUCAAGUAUUGUUAACACAAGGUCACAACUUUGUUCUCAAGACGAACAAAUAUUUUUUAUCAAUUUAUCAUUGUUACUGAUUUGACACUUUUUAUUAAAGAUUUCAGUUAACACUCACACAAAUUAUAAUUGUCAAGUUUGUUAAUGGGUUUCAAUGAGAACCCUUUAUCUUUUAAUUUUUAUAUGAACGUAUUUGUUAUGGUUUCUAUCAAAUGUCUUACGCUUUUCAAGAUCCAGGACAUUUUGACUUUGAUCGAAAAGAAAAAUGUUUUUCCUUUCUUUAAUGUAUGCAACCAUAGUUACCAUGGUGACUAUGAGGCGCUGCAUUGUCCCUGUGUUUGGUCAUUAACAAAUGGCAUUGUUCCGAAUCAAGUUUUACUGUCAGUAUUUUUUCAGAUGGUGCCCUGGUUCAAUCUAGUGCUUUGGUUAUUAGUUUAAAAGUGUCCUUGCAAUAAAUUUUAGAACGAUUUGAAAUAAGUUGUUUCUAGAUUGCCAAAGAUGUCAUGAGAAGUUCUGUCCAGUACAUUCUCAUAAAACCUGUAUUCAGUCAAGUCAAACAAUUUGUUUUGUUACGGCAACCAUUUUAGACAUUUUAAGAUAUGAAAUAUGUUUGAAUAUGUGUUUGCCUCAAUAUAGAUUUGAUAUUUCAAGCCAAAAGGAACUUCAGUAGGAUACCUGGCUCUUUUUGUUUUUCAUAUACCACAUUAAACAGGGGUUGUCUUUAAAGUUCUCGAGUCUUUUUUUUAAAUCUACAAAUGAGAUUACCCCUAUUGAUUCAGAAAUGUUUAAUUAUUUAUAAAAAUAUGAAACUGUCUAUAAAGGGCACUUGUCCCAGGCCUUUGUCUGGAGGUCAAAAUUAAUUAAAAGAUUCGGGGACUUCAGAGACAUUCCACCUUGUUUUGAAUAAACCAUGUAUUUGAUAUGUCUGUACUUACAAAUGGACAGUAAUCUUAUUUAAUUUGAAGUCAGUUAGCUAAAUAAUUGCUGGCUAUGUUUGUUUUCAGGGACAAUAUUACCUAGAUCAUCAUGACUGCAGACAAUUUUCAGAAACCCAUGUAAAAAUGUUUUGAAUUUUGGUAAAGCAUGGAUUUAGUUUUGCUGUGUUCAAAUUUUUGUUGGUAGCAACUUUUCUGAUAUAUCUAGUCAAAUGCAGCUUGGUGUUCAAAAGUACUCUGACGAGAGAACUUGCUCAGUGGUAUUGUCAUUGUAAAUAAGAUGAUAAGUUGUAAACUUGUAGUUUUGUCUGUACCUUGUAUACUCACCUGAUAUACCAAUAAGACUAAAAUACCAUCUGUGCUUUUCAGUGCUUAUUGCCUUACUAAAAACUGCUGAAUUUGCAGUAGAGUUCACCUUUUACCAAGGAUUGGAUAUAGAAAGUCAUAUUUGCUUAACUAGAUUGUUUUGUUUCUCUUCCAUUUGUUUGAAAUGGCAAAAUUAUCAUGUCAUUGAAAUUGGGAAGUGUUUGCAACCCUUUGAAUAAAAUAAUUGAACUUGAAUUAAAUUUUGGUUUUCUAUGCAUUAGAUUACUAUUUCGUGGAAAUGGUGGAAGAAACGUGAAUUUAUAAACUAAAAUUGAAGCAUAUCACAACUGCCUGUCAAAUGAAGCUUGUUUACUCUUGAUUAUAUCUCAAAGUUCAAAAUUCUAUGCAGCGCUAUACAUGCCAGAGGCUUCCUUCCAAUGAGAAACUUAGGCAAGAUGAAGAACUACAUCAACAUAUUCUAAGUAGCAUAUCAUUUAGCAUUGUUACAAUGUUUAGUAUCCUGUAGACCAGCACUUAUUUUGUCAGCGCCUGAAAGGUGUACAGCAAAUCUGAUAUUUCUUAGUGACGUUUUGUAAGAUAAUAAAAUUGUAUGUUUCAAA